GUUCUUCACACCUCACCUACUUUAUUCCUCUCCACUUACUUUCUUGUUUUUAUUACUAUUUAGAAUCAAUAUAUCUACAUCGUAAGACUUACAGCAACAAAUCAUCCCAUACGGACCAACACAUAUAGAAAAAUGUCGAAGACGUUCAGCCAGAGUGAUGUUGCAUCGCACAAUAAGCCUGAUGAUCUCUUCAUUGUCGUAGAUGAAGAUGUCUAUGAUCUCACCAAAUUCCAAGACGACCAUCCAGGCGGCAAAAAGAUCCUUACAAGAGUUGCCGGCAAAGAUGCUUCGAAACAAUUCUGGAAAUACCAUAAUGAAGGUAUUCUCAAGAAAUACAAGGCAAAGCUACAGGUGGGAUCAUUAGACACAAAGAAAGCCGCAGCUCCACCAACACCCCCUGCGACUCCUCCACCAGCAAAAGAAGCAGUCAAGCCACAGGCGGAAAGCGGUGCUGUUGUGCCUGCUCCAACAACCGCUGCGAAGCAGGUUGAGGAGGAAUCGGAACCAUUGGAUCCGUAUGGUGAUUUGAUCCCAUUUGCGGAUCCAUCGUGGUAUCAGGGUUACCACUCACCAUAUUUCAAUGAGACACAUGCUGCUCUCCGCGAAGAAAUCCGCGAAUGGGUUUCGGCCGAAAUCGAGCCAAAUGUGGGCGAAUGGGACGAGGCACGAAAAGUGCCAGAGGAAAUAUACAAACAAAUGGGAACUCGAGGGUAUCUAGCUGGAUUGAUGGGUAUGCACUAUCCAACUCAAUACACAGAGAAUAGAAUCAAGAGUGUGGCACCUGAGAAGUGGGAUUUAUUCCACGAAAUGCUUCUCACCGAUGAAUUGUCGCGUGCAGGAAGCGGUGGAUUUGUGUGGAAUGUUAUCGGAGGAUUCGGAAUUGGUUGUCCACCUCUGGUUAAAUUUGGAAAGAAGGCUUUGGUUGAGAGAAUUCUACCGGGAAUCUUAAAUGGUGACAAGAGAAUUUGUUUGGCUAUCACAGAGCCAGAUGCUGGUUCUGAUGUCGCGAAUUUGACCUGUGAGGCCAAGUUGACUGAAGAUGGAAAACAUUAUAUCGUCAAUGGCGAAAAGAAAUGGAUCACUAAUGGUAUUUGGAGUGAUUAUUUCACAACUGCGGUUAGAACUGGGAAGGAUGGUAUGAAUGGUGUCAGCGUUCUUCUUAUCGAGAGGUCGGCUGGUGGCGUUAGCACGAGAAAGAUGGAUUGUCAAGGUGUUUGGUCUAGUGGAACGACAUAUGUUACAUUCGAGGAUGUGAAGGUCCCAGUUGAAAAUCUUAUUGGAAAGGAGAACCAAGGAUUCAAAGUCAUCAUGACAAACUUCAACCAUGAGAGAAUUGGUAUAAUUAUCCAAUGUCUCCGUUUCUCCCGUGUCUGCUACGAGGAAUGUGUAAAGUACGCACACAAGCGUCGCACAUUUGGCAAGAAACUGAUUGACCAUCCUGUCAUUCGUCUCAAGCUCGCUCAUAUGGCGCGUCAAAUCGAAGCCUCAUAUUCUUGGCUCGAAUCCCUCAUUUACCAAUGCUCAAAAAUGGGAGAGACCGAAGCUAUGUUGAGACUUGGUGGGCCAAUCGCAGGUCUCAAGGCUCAAGCUACUGUUACCUUUGAAUUCUGUGCCAGAGAGGCAAGUCAAAUCUUUGGAGGUUUGAGUUACAGUCGUGGUGGACAAGGUGGAAAGGUAGAGAGACUUUACAGAGAUGUUAGAGCUUAUGCUAUUCCUGGAGGAAGUGAGGAGAUUAUGUUGGAUCUGAGCAUCAGACAGAGUUUGAGAGUGGGAAAAGCAUUGGGAAUGAAAUUGUAAGAGAGGGAGAUGAGUUGAGCCCCGCGCAACGGACUGUAAUCUCGUGAGGGUAGAGGGAAGACAAAAUGAUCUUUUUGUAUAUUAUAAAUCGAAGAUUGAGGAUUUGCGUUUUGGUCGGUGUUGGGAAUGGAUGGUUCGGCAGAUUGUUUGGUUUAUAAACGUUAUAUUUAUAUUUACAAUGCUCAUCAUUCUGUAAUAGUGCACUGGUUCAAAGGGUGUCCCCAAAAUCUCAAAUAUGCCCGUAAUAGACGAGGGGAAUUCAUGGAAUUAAAUCUGCAGGAUAGUAUUGUAGAUA